UUGCUCUGCAGCUGCACUGUAGUGUUUCUCCAGUGCGGUAGGCGGCAGCCAGCAGUUUCCGGCUGCCUUCGAAAUUUGGAGGAGAAAGGCAAACUCUUCAUGCAACGGGGAUAGCUAGCGCUUUCAGUGGUUUGUGUUUGCUGCUGAAUUUAACUGCUGGAAAAAAUACAAAAUGACCAAGCUGCAGCUUCUGCACCGCGCGCUGAACGAGCGCCUGAUGGCGGCGGUGGAGCAGAUCAUGGAGAUGGUCGGCGGUACGGUGCUGGAGUACGAGGAAGAGACGAUCCGAGCACGGAAAGAAAACGAGGUUCUGAGACGGAGGCUCCGGUGGAUGGAGGGGGCAAACCGAGCCGACUGGCCAGGCCCAUCAGAACCUGUUACGCUUUCUACUACGGACGAGGCCAAUCCAUCCCGGCAAGAUGAGGGUGCUGUCAACUUUGGAUUUGAACUUGAAUCAGAAGCUCUUGUGAUCAAAACAGAGUCGACUGAUCUCCCCCUGUGCAGCGUCGCCACAUUACCUCAAAGCGUUGAUCAGGGACCUGACAAUGCCGGGACAGGUGCUGGUAUUGCCUAUGGCCUGGUGGACAGCAUGACCUGGGACUCUUCCCAAAGUUACAUGGCUCCUCUGGACUUUGAUCCAACUUCAGGUCCCAGCAGGGUCCGGCACUGGGGAGGACAGAACAGAAGGCAGAGGAUGUCCUUUGCCUGUCCAGACUGUGGUAAAGUCUUUGGAAAUAAACAAAGGCUGAUGGUUCAUAUGCGCAUUCAUUCCACCGAGAGGCCUUAUGCGUACCGCCGGCGCAAGGCGUGCUUCUACGGUGACAAUAAGAAAAAGAGGAAGCUGCACAGGCUCUCUCAGCUGUCAAGAGAAAUUGUGGAGGAUCUGUCAGAUGGCUCUGAGCAGACGAACAGGAGUAGUGCAUCACCUGAAACUACUGCACCAGGCCACGAAGAAGAGCCUGAGAGUGACCAAACAGGAAGUGAUAAAGAACCAGAAAAGAGAAUUAACACCUCUGUGCGGAAUCGGCGCGAAAAAAAAAGAGUUGUAAACCAGAUGUGUCGGUGCCCUCAUUGCCCUCAUCGGGUGUUUGCUCGGCCCUGUCAGUUAGCCUUGCACAUGAAGACCCACACAGUCACAGCUCUUGUCAACCUGCCCACCCAAGCACAGUCAGGAACUCAGGAGAUAGUGGAUGCAAACAGGAAAUUACCCAAGAGGCGAAGAAAAAAUGAUGUGAAGAAGGUGGCCAAAGUUGCUGACAAAAGUGAGUUCCAUUGUCCAGACUGUGGCAAAGUCUUCUUUCAUGCAAGCCGGUUGCGUGUCCACAUGAAGUCCCAUAAGACCAAACGGGCUUUAUUACGCAAAACUCAGCCAAAGAAGAAUGAGCUGACCAAAGAAGGAACAAUGGAGGCAGUGCCUAAAACUAUAGAAGUACAGAAUGUGAAGGAGGUAAAGAAAAAAUAUGCCUGCCCGCAUUGUAAUAAAGUGUUUUCUCGCGAAGGAUGGCUGAGGCCACACAUUCGUGCUCAGCAUGGGGAUGUAAAGAUCAGGAAUGAUUACUUUAACGUGUAUGGCAGUGGCCGUACAAGGUCACAACAGCUUGUCACCAAGCGAUUACGUAAGCGCAAAACUCAGAAACGGGAAGUCACUAAGAAGAUGAGUCUGAAUAGCCAGAUAACUAAAGGAUCAAGAACGGACAAGGUUAAACCACGUCAAACAAGUGAUGAGUCCAUCCUGGCUGUUGAUGUGCCAACAUUCAGAAAAGAUCAGGAUGAAGAAAGUAUAGAUCUUCCUAUAUUGAGCACAGAUGAGGCUGAAGAAAGUGAAGAUCUUCCUAUGAUGGGCACAGAUGAGGCUGAAGAAAGUGAAAAUCUUACUAUGACGGGCACAGAUGAGGCACAACAAAGUGCAGAUCUUCUUAAAACAGGCACAGAUGAGCCACAACAAAGUGCAGAUCUUCUUAAAACGGGCACAGAUGAGGCACAACAAAGUGCAGAUCUUACAAAAAUGGACACAGAUGAGGCACAACAAAAUGCAGAUCUUCUUAAAACGGGCACAGAUGAGUCAGAGAACACUUCUGAGCAAUCAAAGGACAUCUCAGGCUCGGACUGUGGAACAUCAAGCACUAAAUAUCUGAAGAGGAUGUUUCCAUGCAAAGUAUGUGGCAAAGACUUUGUUCUGGAGAAGAAGCUAAAGAAGCACUCAAGGAAACAUAUAGGACGUAGGUUACAAGAUGAAAAGAAAAGGAGAAGAGAGCAAGCUAAAAUGGAAAUGGAGCUUACGGAACGUGAAAAAAGUAAAUGGGAGGAAAAAAAGACGCUUGAUGAGAUGUCAAAAAGUAAUCACAACCCAAAUACUACGCAGACACCUCAUGGAUCCCCAAACAAAGACUCGUUACAGAAAAGCAGAACCAGAGGUCAAGGGCCACUACCCUGCCCAUUUUGUGGCAAAGUUUUUGCUUGGGAAAUGCGGCUAAUGAUGCAUAUGCAGAUUCACUGUGGUGAGAAACCGUACGCCUAUCGGCAGCGCAAGAAACGUUUUUAUGGUGUCCUGAAAAGGGGCCAACUCCCGAAAAUCCAUAAUCAGGAGCCUUCGGGGGACAAAAGUGAUGAGUCUGAAGAAUCUGGGAGUGAAGAGACGGUGAAUAAGGACGGAUCUGCACAUCUGAACAGCAAUGCAACCCAUGCAGUGUCUGGAGCUCUCGAAAGCAGUACAGCUAUUGAGCAGCCUACCACCUCUUACAAGAGUAAUCAAAGAACCAAAACCGAGCUGGUCAGUGACAUCUUGAGCCACUUCAAUAUGCAGCCCAGGAUUGUUCUACAACCAAUUAUGACUGCAUGCAAGUACUGGAGCUCAGUGCCUGGGGUAGCUGACUUAAAAUCAGGUUGCUCUGAAAAAAGUAGUGGCUUUGAUCAUGAACAAACCUCAGUACGGGUUGAUGAUGAAAUGGUGGAUGCUGUGGAAGAUACAAUUGUGGAUUCCAAUCUUUGCUCAUUGCCAGUGGAGUUCUCUGGUCAUGGCAUCCAAAACAAGCCUGAAAUAUGCUACACUGAGACAGAAAUAGUCUCUGCGAGGGUUGGAUCUCCACAGCGUGAUUCGGAGGUAGAGCAUGACAAAAUUGGGGGCUCACUGGCCUUUGAAUCCUCUGAGGGAAAUAACGCAAAGAGUCAACAAAAAGACGAUUGCAACUUUAAUUUUCCUGUUGUUUCAGAAAACACAGCCAGAGACCAGGUAUCACUUAUAGUAAUAGAUGAUGAACUAGAGCAAUCAGAUGAAAGAACUGCAGCUGAAAAUGCUCCGUCUGAAUGUGGAAGAACAAAGUGUGAUUGGAAGUGUGAUUGUAAGAACAUUUCUGCUAUGAAAUUAACCGUAAUGCCACAGAGUAGCGUUUUAGAAUCUUUGUUCAAGGAAACUAGUUCUGGCACCAUGCAGAAGAACAUUGACUCAAAAUUAGUUUGUGUUGUCCUCUCAGAUGUUGAAGACAAUGUUGAUGAAGAUGUGUUGAGACCCUCCAAAGGUUUAGAUAAAAAGAGCAUUCAAAAUGAACAAUUAGAUGUGGGGAGCACACCUGGCAAAAAUCCCUCCAGUGACUCCAACUCUCCAGCUCCAGAUGCAACUGAAUCUACCAAAUCUAUUGAUGGUGCCUCACAACAUACUGAUGAUCAGAGUAUCUCAGUCAGAGACCAGAUGGCCUUUACUGCCAUCAGACAAACAGAGGACAGGCCCACGAGUUCAGAGGAGAGAAUAUCAUGUCAAACAUCUGAUAUGGUAUUUGCUGGUCAAGAAUCUCUGUUGGACGUUAAUGCUGACAAGGACCUGCUAGACAUGGAGACUGUCAGUAGCGGUGAGAGAAAAAAUAAGAUACUGGGUCUGAACAACCAGAUGUCAGAAUCUGUUCUGGAUGAUUCAACUGACAACUCUGAUAUCUCAGGGAAGAAUGAAGCUUCUGUACAAAAUGUGAAAACCAAUGAGUUAUUUGUGAAAAGUUCUGAAGAAUUCGAAAUGCCGUCAGACUUUCUCACAUCCCAUCAAACUUCUGACGUUAGAUGCAAGACUGCAGUGAGCGGUGGAGAACAAAAAAAAAGUAAUGCAAGCACUAUAUUGUCGGUUUUGUGGGAAGGCAUGUAGAAAGAUAUGACUGCAUCUAAAGUGUGAUAAUGUAAGAGAACCUGAAGUGGUAAAAGCUUUAAGUCUUGACAAAGACUGUAAAGAAGGGAAACAGUUAUUGAGCAGUUUUGCUAUUAAAAAAAAACUUCAACCAACCUAGAGAUUCUAAAAUGGAUUGUGAUGAAGACAUUGUUUACUGCAUUUUUUGCCAGGAGUCUUAUCGAUGGAAUAAAAUUCAGGAGCAUGCUCUUAUAUGCAAGCACAACAAGAAUACAGUUGCAUCCAGCAAAAGUCAGCAAAUUUUUUAUGCAGAAUUGGGAAACCUUGCUCCAGACACUAUCAGCAUAUCCAGACCUUUAGAGCCAACUAAUGUUCCUUUAUCAGUUCUCUCAGAUUUAGUCAAUUGCCCUAUUCCAGAAACUAGGAUAUAUAAGGCGAAGGAGAACCAUGCUUUAGUGUCAGAUCGUCCCCAAAUUCUAUACACUAGUGAUAGCCCAGCACAGAAGAUUUGUGAUCUGAAACCCUCAAGCCCUUCGAAUCUUGACUCUUGCCAGAGUGCUGCUCUGAAAACAUAUCAUCCGGAGGUGGAGGUGCCUACUGUUUCUAACAUUGACAGCAGCGUAGCUCAAAUUGAUCUUGAUGCGCAAUUAUUAAAGCCAUCUGUUCUAGAAUUUUGUCAGGGUUCCGCAAUAAAUCCUGCUCAUUUGGAAUCUUCAUUUAGUACAUCACGGAACCCUGAUGUGGAGAUACUAGAACCACCCACACUAGAUUCCUGUCAAACAACACAAGUCGUAGAAUCUACAGUUCCAACCCUUCCUAUUUCAAACUCUGGUUGCAGUGUUCUUCAGCAGUCCCUUAUAAAACAAACAGAUCAUCCCCGACUUGUGAACCAACCAUUUUCUUCAGAUCCAGUAGUGUCUUGUGAUCUAGAACCUGAUGGUUAUUCUUCUUGUGCUACUGGGUGUUGUGACGACCUUAAGCUCUCUUCAAAACCAAAGGUUCCUUCAAGUCCUGCAUCCUUAAGCACUUAUCCAGAAUACAAUUCAGAAUCAAAAUGUACUCUUAAUCUAGCUGUGUUUGAUGAUACAUAUUUGAUCAGUAAUGAGAGAGAGCAAACCCAAGAUUCAGAUGUAGAAAGGAACAUCUUCAUGGCCUCUGAUGUGCAUCCAGAAACUGAAAGUCAUUCUCCAGAUCCUUAUAGAUGUAACAUUGAACAAACCCAGUGUCAGCAGCCUGAAAGUAUUGAAAGUCCAGAUGUUGGCAGAAUUGGGAAUCAGCCAACAGCUGAUCUAGAAUUCAACUCAAUUCCUUCAAUUCAAGAAAUCAAAUCCCGAGCCGUAAAAGACAUGUCUUACCUUAUAUUCCAAGAGUGUGAUCUACAAGAAGACCCUGAGAAGAUCUCUGACAAGCGAGCAGAAGAGAAAAAGAGUCUUCCAGAUCAGCUGUCUGAAAGAGGAGUCAAAGAAAAGUUGUCCAAGCUCUCAUUCUCAGGGUCCUGAAUGCCAAACCAACUCCACAGAUGACAACUCCAGCGUAUUCAAGAUGCAACACUGCUGUUACUGCAAGCUGCCACAUCAUAGAAUGAUGGAUCAUCUUCAGUCAGUUCAUCCUUUUGAACCACAGGUGGCAAGAGCUCUCACAUUUGACAAGAGCUCACAAGAGAGGAAACAACUUUUGAACCUUAUACAAACUAGGGGAAAUAUUCUACACAACACAAAUGUGGUUCAAAGUAGUAAACAAGAUUCAAAACCAUUUGGGAAGUUUGCAUCGGUUUGUUCAUUUGAUGAUAGUGUUUAUUGCAUCUACUGUUUAGGGUUAUUUAACAAGAAGUCUUUUGCUUCACAUUUAGAGAAGUGCAAGGGCAAAUCUACUUACAGUGCUGAGGCUAGCUGUGGUGAAAUGCUUCCUAAUGCUGGGCCCAUUCCUCCAACUCCUACACUUAUUUCCCCUUCUAGUCCAGAAGAGAUUGAUGCCAAUGUAGAACCAUCAGGUUUUCAUUGCCUAAAUACCCUCUAUGAAGCCGAUUUUGAAAAUGUACAAGGAAGUUCUUCCCUUCCAGACCUCAGCUGCAAUGAACAACCAGACAUCUCAAGUCCAAAUGAGAAGUUUAGAAACAAUAGACAGGCAGAGGGUGCCAUUUUACAAUUCAGAUGUUCUCCUAAAAAUGAAGUAGGUAAUUCUCCUAAUCCAAGCACUGGUCAAGAAUCAACAGACUAUAAUGGAGUAACUCUCCCAAAGUGUGAUGUUGAUCAAGAAAGGGCUAUGACACCAACAUCAGACACCAGCUCCAACGGUCCUUACCCAGAAUACGACGUUCUCAGAAAUGAUUAUCCAUGUGAUGAUUUCAGUCCACCUCAAAAUGCCCAAACUGUGUGUAAUGACACACCUAAGAGUAGCGUGAAAGCCCAAACUUAUGGAACAUGCAAGAAGAGGAGGAGGAAGAGGCGCUCACGUGUCCAUAAUCAGGUGAGAGGCCAUUCUGGUGCCAUCAGUGUAAUAUGGGCUUUAUCCAGAAAUAUCAACUUUUAAAGCACACAUUUGCAUGCCAUGGGGACACACCAGAUCAGGAAAAACUGAAAAGGGCAAAGAGAUCAAUUCAAGAUGAAGAGACGUCAGUGAGGGAUGAAGCUAGUAUAGAGCCAGCAACAAAGAGUCUUGAGGAUUUACCAAAUGCUGUUACAGACGACACGGGGGAAAAAGUUGCAGACACAAGGCAAGACACAGAGGUGAGAGAGUUCCAUUGGGAUGAAGCAGAACACAGUACAGUCAAAGACUGUGACACGGAUUGCUAGAAGUUAUUGUUUACAUCUUAGUGUUGUUUUUUAAUGUAAAUAUGUUUUACAAUGUUGUCUCAAUCUGUUGGGUUCAAUACUUUUACGGAUUGAUUACUUUCAGCCUGCUGUAUUGUGCAGAUCAUAGCAUAUGUUUAUUAAUUAACUUAAGAUUGAGAAUAAAAAAAUGUUA